AUGGCGACCGACGAGAGAAGAAAGACGCACAACUUGCCUGAGAAGAACUCAGCCUACGCGAGCCCCGAGUACUGGGAAGAGAGGUUUGCGACAGAAGAGCACUACGAGUGGCUCGAGUCUCCCGAGGCGCUGCUUCCGCUGCUGCUUCCUCUGCUUGGCGCCGCGUCGCGCGUGUUGUUCGUGGGCUGCGGCAGCAGCGAACUGAGCGACGCGCUGGUUGCUCGCGGCGUACAGUUCGUGUUCAAUCUCGAUUUCAGCCCGACGGUUCUACACGCGAAGCGGCGCCACGAACGCGAGGCGAUUCGCAAGUACCGGACUUCGUUGGCGCCCGCGGCCUCACCCGCUCAGGCCCGCGCGCCUGUCAUGGAGUACCUCUGCGCGGAUAUGACGCGUCUCGACUUCCUUCGGCCUGAGACUUACGACGUCGUGAUCGAUAAAGCCGCUAUGGAUGCGCUGAUGACGGAAGAAGGAAGCGUCUGGGAUCCUCGCGCGGAGGUGCGAGCCGCAGCGGACAGAUACCUGGCGGGCGUCUCGCGCUGUCUCAAGCCUGGCGGCCUUUUCAUUCAAAUCACGUUUCAGCAGCCGCACUUUCGACGGCGCUACUUGCUGAAGGAUUUUUCGAUGAACCUGAGCGGCGACGCGCACCUCUCGCCUUGCGAGCCCUCGCCCAGCGCGUGGCUCGCGCAGCGGGUCGAGUCUUUCCCGACGCCGCAGAAGGCCCCCGAAGCCUGGCUGAGCUCCGAGGCGUACAGCUGGAACUUCUUCCACGUCGACAUCGAGAAGGAGCAAGGCUGCUUCUCAAACUUCCUCUUCCUGGCGCAAAAGACGACGAACUAA